UGCCUUACCAAUGAGCGGCUGAGCUAAAGCACCACGUUAAUGUCAGCGCUCCCGCCUCCCAGAUCCUGACCAGCCCCACGAACACACCAGCAGCCAGCUUUGUCACCAGCUUGUUAACCUCCAGGACAGCCAGCAGCGUGUAGAGCCUCGGCGUUCCUAAGACAGCAUGGGCCUCCCACAACGGUUCAUCCUCAUCCUCCUGUCCAUCUACUUAUACUCAGCGAGCGUGGUGAACACACAGCAAGAAUUCAAAAUCCAAAGUGUCAAGCUAAUCAUUGAGCCCAGGAACGAUGUGACUGCGGGGACCAAUGUGACUCUGAGAUGCCAGGCCACAGUGAGCACAAGUACUGAGAAGGGGCCGAUUCGUGAGUACACCAUAUUGAAGAAUGACAAGAUAGUGUACACCAAGACCAUUGGCUCCUCUGAGGACUUCGUGUACCAGCUGCACAAUGCCAGAGUCUUCAGCACUGGUUUGUAUCAGUGCAAGCUAGACAUCCAAGGCGACACCAAGUUGAGCAAAGCACAAAGACUCAACGUACAAGGACUCUCGCAGCCAGAUCUCCAUCUUGAGAUGAACGUUGUUAAUGAAGGGGAGGAGGUACAAGCCACCUGUAUAGCUCCAGGUGAGAUAGGGUCCUUCAUCUUCUUCUUCUUCGAUAAUGAUGAACAGAUGAGCAGGGUGGAAGGACUCUCCAACCAAGCAAAGACCACUUUCAGGUUAAGCAGUGGUGGCAUCCACAAAAUUCACUGCUCCUACAAGAUCCGCACAGCAGAGGACACCUUCCCUUCAACAAAAAGCAACAACGUCACUGUUUCAGUCAAAGAGCUUUCUAUUACACCAGUACUGAAGAUUUCCCCUGACUCCACAAUCUAUGAAGGAGACCACCUCAACAUCUCGUGUAGUGCCCAAAACUUUCACUCCAGCUCUGAAGGUUACAAGCUAUUCCUGAGCCAGGGCACCAAGCUUCUCAGGACUGGCAAUUCUACAAUAAACCACAACAUGGUUGCAGUACCAAAGGUCUCUGAAGCGCUUACAUUUGACUGCAGAGUGGAAAUGAGAAAUGUGGAGAAAUACACCAAGAAGACGAUUUCCGUGGUUGAGCUCUUCUCAGUGCCCAGUCUCACCAUGUUUCCCACUGAAAUCUUUCAAGGGGAAAUUAUGACAUUAACCUGCAACAGUGAGCGUUUUGCCUCUCAAAGAAUCAACAGGGAGGAUUUGGAGUACACUCUUUAUCCAUCUAAAAACUUACCGAGCUCUGGUAAACCUGGAGUAUUUAAUGUGAAAGCCCUACAGAAUGAUUUCAACUACACCUGCUCAGCUGAAGCCAAAGGCAUCAAGAAAGAUAGCAAAACCCUGAUGAUUCGCCCUAAAGUUCAUGUCUCUGCUCUAAAGAUUUCAAUUGAGGACAAGGUGAUCCUGAAAAAGAGCAUCACCAUCUUGUGUCAGUCGAAUGGCAGCCUGCCGAUAAACUACACCCUGUUUAAGGAUAACGUCCAAGUGGGCACAAAAGUCAUCCGAGAGCGAAAUCGACAAGCUGUCUUUAUGGAUGUCAUCAAUAAGCCUGGUGAAAUACAAUACAGGUGUGAGGCGAAGAAUAGUCUCCAUUCCAACAAAACUGGCUCCAGUCAACACCUCAGCGUGAAUGUCAUAGUGCCUUUGAGCCUAAUGACUCUGACCGUCAUCCCCACCCCACUAGGAAUCUCAGAGGGAGAAGAUCUCAGAUUCAUAUGUAGUGUUAAUGGCACAGGGCCAGUCACCUUUAAGUGGUACCGAACUGGCAGUGUAGUACCGUUGCAAACCAACACCACCACAGAGACCUACUCAAGCUUUCUGAUAAAACCAGUCUCCAAAAAUGACAGUGACAAGUACUACUGUGAGGCUUCCAACGGCGCCAACAAGGUCAGAAGUGAGAACGUUGAUGUACAAGUACUCAUGGCACUGUGGAAAAAAAUGUUGAUUAUCGUGGCCUGUCUGCUGCUGCUGUCAGUUCUGCUCUUGGUGGCGAGCAUGCUGUACAUCAAAUCUAAGAGAGAUAGAAGAGAAGCAGCUGCUGAACUGUCGGUAAAGCCUUCGAGCCCUAAAUCAGAUGACCCUUUAACAGUGAAUCUAACCCACGACACAGACGUUUAUAAUGCAGCCACAGUGAAGGUGGACAGAGCUGAAGUCAGCGUGUGGAGCAAACGGAAACCUGAAACAGAAAGCGAUGAUGAGAUCAGCAAGAUGUCCAACGAGCCUAACGUGGAGUACACGGAGGUGGUGCACGCCCGGUCAACAGAUCCUGACAGAGUUCCACUGAGAAAAGGCACAGACACAGUUUACAGUGAGCUCCAAAACUCUCCACAUGGUGCUGCUGAUCCCCCCGACUAUGGUUCGGUAGAAUACGCUGAGCUCAACCGUGAACAAUUUGAGAUUAGUCAGUACCAUCCACAGGUCCACAGCUACCAGGACCUCCCUGAGCCGGUGGACUAAUAAGAUCACAACUGUCUCUCCUGUCUUCGCACACUGCUGUGCUGUUUUUGUUUUUGCUUUUUUUGUGUUUUUAAUGAGCGUGCAGAGUAUGACAUUUGUUAUCAGAAAUAUGUCUCUCUGUCACAUACAAAGAUACCAAUGCUAUGUAGGGAGUUCAGGUAAAAUGAGGUUAACUCUAAAAAACAAACAAACAUGCAAAUGUUCAAAUAAAUGCAUUGCAUUUAUGUGUCCAGAUGCUAUUUUUGUUGGUUGCUUUGUUCCCUCCUUUUUCUUAUUUUACUUUCUCAUUUUCAAAAAUGAGAAAGUGGAAUUUAUAACCAAAGAUUUAAGUUGUUCAUAUUAAAAAAAAAAACCCAAAACACAUUACACAGUUUUAGCACUGUAACAACUGUCAUUAUGGCACUGCACCGCUAGGGGGUGUCUUUUCACUAUUGUGGUAGUAGGGGAGACUCCUUCAGUGGACUGCCGUCGUACCCAUUGCAGAAGAGCAUGCUGCUCUCUUCUCACCUGAUAUCAGAAAGACCUUGAAAUGGGCUGGUGCAGACAUCUACCUGACCCCGGGACAUGUAUGGCUGCAUUGUGUAGAGCCGUGGAGACCUUUCCGGUAUGGUCUUGUUACUGUUAAUGACAAAUAAAAGCCUGGUGUCCUACCUGCCUGACUGAACUUCCACGCUGCACUCCCACUGGGCCUGCCCGCCGCUCCUCCCUCACCACAGCGCUCUUACAUCUUCAAACACUGUUACUCUUACAUGUACAGUUUCAGUUUUUAAAGAUUCAUGCACUCAUAAUCAUUAAAAGCAAUGUAUAUAUCCUUUUUCAUUUUUUCUUUUUUUUUCACUUAAUCAUUUUUAAUUUCAUGAUGAUUUCUAAUUUGGUUUUGGAUCUGUGGGUCCAGGCAGUUAGUUGUGUUUAAAACCAACUGACUGUCAUGUGACUUGAGUUUGUUUAACCAUCUGCUCUGGCGUACUUGAGCACAUUCUGGGGUGUCUUUCAUACCAUGUUUUUUUUAAUGGCCAAGUAAAAACCAUCAAAAAUAUACAUUUUCAAAACAGCAUCCUCCAUAUUCUUCAUUUUAAAGGUAUUUUUUAUAUAAAUAUCCCUACCUUCUUACCUAUCUUGAAAUCUUGGCAUUUGGCCGUGGUUCAGGAGGUAGAGUGGGUUGCCUGCUCAUGAACUUGUCUGUGGUUUGAUCUCUGGUUUCUUUUGCAUGUCAGAGUAUCCUCGGGCAUGACACUGAACCCCUAGUUUCCCCUGAUACAUCGACUGAAGUGUGUGUGAAUGUUAGAUUAGGGGAGGAAAUGCUUGUAUGAACAUGGUGGAUAAAUGUCACCUUCAGGGGCGUCAACAUUUCACUGGCGCCGAAGGUAACAAUGAUGUUUAAGAAUGAUAUUGAUAUAAUAUUAAUAAUAACAUAUAUAAUGUGUUGAAUAAAGUUUAAUUGAACUUUUAUAUAGCUUUUGUACACUUAUGAAUUCAGACUCUCCACCUUCCUGUACAGUAUUCUUAUUGUUUAUCUCAUUUGCCAGAAUGAGUAAAGCCCCUGCUGCCUGCUACAACAGAUGUGACUUUACAUUGUGAUACAAACAAAUGGGUGUCAAAUAUGUGAAAAAGCCCAGUUAAAGGGUCCUGGGCCAACAUGUGUAGCUUCAGUGUGUUUGGCAUUUAUUCUCUGAAGCUCUACUGGAGUAAAAGAGACCCAUUUUUAUUAUGAUUCAAAUAAAAUAUUUACAAUGUG